CUCUGAUGCACUAAGUGCCGCUGUUGGUCAGUAUGUUCCAGCUUUAAACACUCGUUUUUAGAUCCUCCUCCACUUUCUGACAUCACAUUCUGCAGAAUAUCUCUUUCAUUCACACGGUCUCUUUAACACUGAAGCGUCGAGACAUUCGCUGCUCUGUGUUUUCGGAUGAUACAAUUCAAUCUUUCUGAAUCUUUUGUUCUUCGUCUUUUCAUCUUUAGUGGAAUAGAAGAUUUGGAUGAUGUCGAUUCUUUGUUAUUUUUACGCCCAAAGAGGCGCAUCUUCGACGCGGAUUUCAUCAUGGCUAAUGCAGCCUCUCGUGCUCUGCGUCUUUGUCAUGGCCGUUGCGCACGGGCAGGUCCGUUAUUCUAUUCCAGAGGAGAUGACAAAGGGCUCGCUGGUGGGAAAUAUCGUUCAGGAUCUCGGUUUGGAUGUUAAGAGGCUGAAAUCUGGUCGAGCGCGGAUCUUUACGGAGGACAGUCGUGAGUACAUCGGUCUGAAUGUGGAUAAAGGGACGCUGAUAGUGAAAGAGAGGAUAGAUAGAGAGGAGCUGUGCGCCCAAGUGUCUCCCUGCUCCUUACAUUUUCAGAUCAUUCUAGAAAACCCCAUGGAGCUGCAUAGAAUUGAUGUGGAAAUAUUAGAUAUUAAUGAUCAUGCUCCUCUUUUUGCCAGAAAGGAAAUUGAUUUUCAAAUAAGUGAAUCUGCACUUCCCGGAGCUCGAUUUUCAUUAGACAGCGCCCACGAUCCUGACACUGGCACUAACGCGCUCAGGUCAUACACGUUAAAUCCAACAGAUAAUUUUGAUUUAAAGGUUCUUUCACGAAACGAUGGCUCAAAAUACGUCGAAAUGGUUCUUAAAUUACCUUUAGACAGAGAGACUCAGCAGGAGCACAAAUUAACCCUUACAGCAUUUGAUGGCGGCAAUCCGCAGAGAACUGGCACUGUCAGGAUAAGUGUUACGGUCAUAGACGCAAACGAUAACGCCCCUGUUUUCAGUCUGCCUGUUUACCGUGUUUCAUUAUUUGAGAAUUCACCAAAUGGUGCUGUAGUAAUCAAGGUAAGCGCUACUGAUAAUGACCAAGGCGCAAACGGUGAGAUCACAUAUUCUUUUUCACGUAGUUCAGGAAAAGCCCUUGAUUUAUUCCACAUUGACACAAAUACAGGGGAAAUUACUGUAAAGGGAGAUUUGGAUUACGAGAGGGCGAAGCAGUUUGAGUUAAAUAUAGAUGCUACAGACAAAGGUGGUUUAACUGACUCUAGUAAAGUUGUAAUUGACAUUACAGAUGUAAAUGACAACCCCCCUGUAAUCAGUGUGAUUUCAUUUUCUAACCCAAUACCCGAGGACGCAGCACCAGAAACUGUGAUAGCCAUGCUGAAUGUCAAAGAUUUAGAUUCAGGAAGAAAUGGACAGGUUAAAUGCUCUAUUCCUACAGAUUUGCCUUUCAAAGUGAAGUCAUCUGCCCAGAAUUUCUACAGUUUGAUAACUGAUCAGCUUUUAGACCGUGAAAAAAUAUCAGAAUAUAAUAUCACAGUAACAGCUAUUGAUGAGGGCUCGCCAUCUUUCUCUACUAAUAAAACACUGACUCUGAAAAUCUCUGAUGUCAAUGACAACGCCCCUGUGUUCCAGCGUCAGUCAUACACCGCAUAUGUGAUGGAGAAUAAUUCCCCCGGACUCUCUGUUUUAUCUGUGAAAGCGCGUGACAAAGACUCUGGCAAUAACGCGCGUAUUUCAUAUUUUCUAGAGGAUGUUCUUGUGAAUGGCGUCUCUGCCUCGACCUAUAUUUCAGUGAAUGCAGAGAGCGGAGACAUUCUUGCUGUUCGUUCUUUUGAUUAUGAGCAAACAAAAGAAUUUAACAUUCGCGUAAAAGCGCAGGACGGAGGCUCUCCUCCUCUCAGCAGCAACGUGAGCGUGAAAAUCAUCAUUCAGGACCAGAAUGACAACGCGCCUCAGGUUCUGUAUCCGGUCCAGUCAGGCGCAAAUGUGGUGGCUGAAAUAGUGCCUCGUUCGGCAGAUGUGGGUUAUCUGGUGACUAAAGUGGUGGCUGUUGAUGUGGACUCUGGUCAGAAUGCCUGGCUCUCAUAUAAACUGCACAAAGCCACAGACAGGGCGCUGUUUGAAGUGGGCUUACAGAAUGGAGAAAUAAGAACUGUUCGCCAAGUCACAGAUAAAGAUGCUGUCAAACAAAGACUCACUGUUGUAGUGGAGGACAACGGGCAGCCCUCUCGAUCAGCUACAGUCAAUGUUAACGUGGCGGUGGCGGACAGCUUCCCUGAAGUGCUAACGGAGUUCACUGACUUUACGCACGACAAGGAAUACAACGACAACCUGACUUUCUAUCUGGUCUUGGCCUUGGCUGUGGUUUCAUUUCUCUUUAUCGUGUCUAUCAUUGCCAUACUGUCAGUCAAAUGCUACAGAUGGAGACGCGAGCGCAUGUUUUAUAAAUCUGGAGCGAAUCUUCCGGUUAUUCCGUAUUAUCCGCCUCUUUACGCAGACGUAGGCGGCACAGGAACUUUACAGCACGUGUACAAUUAUGAGGUUUGCAGAACCACUGACUCCAGAAAGAGUGAUCUGAAAUACGCCAGACCUUGCAGUGAGAGCAUCAUUAGUCUGGACACCAGUGGAACACACACACUCACGCAUGCGCAGAGGGAAAGACUGAAUAAUGAUGAUUCUUUUGAUCAGGUGAGCUCGAGUAAAUGGUUAUGAAUAUGCCUUUGGUGU